CCUUUCUCUCUCCCCUCCUUAACUUUUUCACCCAAAAUCUUCCGCUUAAUUACCAAAAAACCAGCCAUUGAUCGUAAAACCUUUCCUCCACCGCACACCCCCUCGCCGGGGGUAGUGCGUCGCCUCCACGCGCCUCCGUCUUCUUCUACUUCUCUUUUAAAACAACACUCCUGGUCUCCAGAUCUAAUCCGCGAAGAAGCUUGGUCAAAGCGCCAAGAUGAUUCCCGCCACCGUCAUCGCCGCCGAGGAAAGAGCUUGACCGACGAAGACCUCGACGAGCUCAAAGCUAGUUUCGAGCUCGGAUUCGGAUUCGGAUCUCCUAAAAUCGCGGAUCCGAGACUUUCCAACACGCUUCCCGCGUUGGAACUCUACUUCGCCGUUCAGAAAAGCUACAACGACGCCGUCUCAAACAAGUCGUCUUCGUCACUCUCCUCCGACGGCGAUACCAGUCGUCACAACUCCGUAUACCGAACCAGCGAUGAUCCGCAAACGGUGAAGACGAAGCUGAAACAAUGGGCGAGAGUGGUGGCGUGCACUGUGAACCAAUCACCUCCGAGAUGAUAAUUAUAACGGCGUUAAUUAAAGCGUCUCUGUUAAACGUGGUGAGGAUAAAGGCUUAUUCCGGAACGGGAUAGGUAAAUUGAAACAGCCAAACAGUCGGUGGAGGUUUCAGUCAGCAUUGUAAUAUAUUACACGAAAGCAAUAGUAAAAUACCAAUGAAAGAUGUAUGUUACUUGAACCCAAACUUGUUUAUAGAUUACAUUAUUGUUUAUUGUAUAAUGAUGAUGAUGCAUGAUUUGAUUGAUGCA